AAUGGUAAGAAUGCUUCUAACAUUGCUGGUCAGUGGGAAGAAUGCACCUUACAUUGGUGGUCAGUGGGAAGAAUGCUCCUUACAUUGGUGGUCAGUGGAAAAGAAUGCACCUUACAUUGGUGGUUAGUGGAAAGAAUGCCCCUUACAUUGCUGGUCAUGGGAAGAAUGUCCCUUACAUUGGUUGUUAAUGGAAAAAAUGCCCCUUUCAUUGCUGGUCAGUGGGAAGAAUGCUCCUUACAUUGGUGGUCAAUGGGAAGAAUACCCCUUAGAUUAGUGGUCAGUGGGAAGAAUACCGAUUACAUUGGUGGCCAGUGGGAAGAAUGCUCCUUACAUUCGUGAUGAGUGGAAAGAAUGUUCCUUACAUUGGUGGCGAGUGGGAAAAUUGUCCCCUUACAUUGGUGGCCAGUGGGAAAAUCGCCCUCUUACAUUGAUG